UGAGAGCUUUUCUCUGGCUUGCUCCCCUCCCCCCGAACGGCCAUAGACAUUCUAGAACAAACAUAUGCUCCCAGGUCUGUUUCACAAGCUGUCGUCUGUGAUUUGCAGCUUAUGAUGCAUGAAGGAUUUUUUUUCAGCAAGAGGAGAUGAAGAAAGCAAAGGACAAGGAAUAUAUCAGAACUUUCCUCACAGACGUUUGGGGGCUGCAGAAUAUACUUCAGCUUCUUGUCUUUUCUGAAACUUGAUGAAGAAAGAACUAUUUCUUCCUGGUCAGGCUCCAGGCUGAGGCUUGGAGAAACCCACCACCACCAUAGAUUCCAAUAACUGGAGCGGGAGCGAAAGCCCUGCUGAAGACAUGGACAGAAUGACCGAUUCUGCGGACAAGCCCAUGGACAAUGAUGCGGAAGGGGUCUGGAGCCCUGACAUCGAGCAGAGCUUCCAGGAGGCGUUGGCCAUCUACCCGCCGUGUGGCAGGAGGAAAAUCAUUCUCUCGGACGAAGGCAAAAUGUACGGUCGUAACGAGUUGAUAGCCAGGUACAUAAAGCUCAGGACGGGAAAGACACGGACCCGGAAGCAGGUGUCUAGUCACAUACAGGUGUUAGCAAGAAAGAAAGUUCGAGAAAUCCAAGCCGCCAUCAAGGUACGUCUGGCGCCCAGUUAAGGGGCUUUCAUUUCCAUGGUUACAGGCUUUUCCUUUGUUUUUCUCCCUUCCCCUACCCUGCAGGUGUCUAGUCACAUUCAGGUUCUUGCCAGAAGGAAAUCUCGUGAGAUUCAUUCCAAGCUAAAGGUAACACAUAUGGAUCAAGCUGUGAAGGACAAAGCACUUCAGAGUAUGGCUGCAAUGUCAUCUGCACAGAUCGUGUCGGCCACUGCCAUCCAGCACAAGCUAGGCCUCCCAGGGAUUCCCCGGCCAAGCUUUCCCGCAGCCGCUGGGUUCUGGCAUGGCGUGUUACCCACCGGUCAGCCAGGCUCCUCUCAAGAUGUGAAGCCCUUUGCUCAGCAGGCUUACCCAAUCCAGCCAACAGUCCCAACACCCAUUUCAGGUUAUGAAACCACCGCUGCCCCCGCUCCCUCAGUGCCUGCGUGGCAAGGUCGCUCCAUCGGGACAUCAAAGCUUCGGCUUGUGGAAUUCUCCGCGUUCCUCGAGCAGCAGAGAGACCCUGACUCGUACAACAAGCACCUCUUUGUGCACAUUGGACAGACCAACCAUUCCUACAGCGACCCUUUGCUAGAAUCAGUAGAUAUUCGUCAGAUCUACGAUAAGUUCCCAGAAAAGAAAGGUGGCCUUAAAGAGCUGUAUGGAAAAGGGCCUCAUAAUGCCUUUUUCCUCGUGAAAUUCUGGGCUGACCUGAAUUGCAAUAUCCAAGAUGACGCGGGAGCUUUUUACGGUGUCACCAGCCAGUACGAGAGCUCGGAGAACAUGACAAUCACCUGCUCGACCAAGGUUUGCUCGUUCGGAAAACAAGUCGUUGAAAAAGUAGAGACUGAAUAUGCAAGGUUUGAGAAUGGACGUUUUGUGUACAGAAUAAACCGCUCUCCAAUGUGUGAAUAUAUGAUCAACUUUAUUCACAAACUUAAACACUUACCAGAAAAGUAUAUGAUGAAUAGUGUGUUGGAGAACUUUACUAUUUUGUUGGUGGUAACAAAUAGGGAUACACAGGAAACCCUCCUCUGCAUGGCGUGUGUGUUUGAGGUCUCAACCAGUGAGCAUGGAGCCCAGCAUCACAUCUACAGGCUUAUGAAGGAGUGAGCGUGAGAUCUGCCAUUGCCUUUCUAGAAAACGCAGCUGCGAUUAAAUAGACUUUUAAAAAAAAAAGAAAACCUCAAUCCAUGUGGCAGUGCCUCAAAUCAGUGACACACCCGCACGCACCUGAAUCUUUGCUGCGGGUUGCCUUUCAAUGUGUACAUUUUCAGCAACAGCUGUGAAUUAUGGUACCUUGUAAUAGCUUUUUAUAUUGAAAUAAGUGUGCUUUCAGGAUAUUUUUUUUUGAAAUACCUGUUUAUUGGAUUACUACAUUAGAAAACUGGGAAUGUUGUGUCUAAUUUUUUCGUAACUGUGGGUUUGUAGCCUAGUCAGUGCAAGUUUAUCUGUGUUGACAGGGAGGGUGGGGGGUGUGUGUGUGUGGGUCGGGGGGUGGGGGGGGGGAAAGAACAGGAAAAUGAUUGUAGACACAAUGCAUUUAACUGUGGGAUUACUAUCUGCCUAUGUAAAGAUAAUUUAUUUAACGUGCGUUUUUUUUCCAAAGAUGGUAUAUUCACAGAUAUAUUUAUGGACUUGUGAAUAUACAUGAGGUAGCAUCAGGAUGAAGUCUAUGGGUAUCAGGCCAAAAAAAAAGCAUUGCGAUGCUGGUGAAAGCACAUCAGUUAUUUUAACAGUGAACAGGUCUGUUUUGCUUUGUGUUCUGUAAGAAACAACGCUUAGGUUUUUUUUUGGCGGGGAUGACAUUACUCAAUUGGAAUAAGUGCCCUUGGACCACUCCCCUUGUUUAAACACUUUCUAAAGUGUUCAGGACUGUCAGUUGGCACAGCAGUGUAGCGGUAGUUUAAAAAAAACAACUCUUUUUUAAAAAAAUAUUCAACGGUCUGCAUGUUGAAGAGCGUGAGCUGGAACAGGCAACGCAAAAGUUAUUCUACAAAGCGUUCCACGGUGAAAGGAAAAAAUACCGAAUGGUAAAUGGAUCUAUUUUUUACUGCCUCACCCGCUCUAGAUGGUAGGAGAAUAUUCAAAUCUGGGGUGGGAGAUGGGGGAGGGGGUGUUGGAAAUGGUUGCAAAGACGCACAAUUCUUUGUGGGUGUGUGUGUGUGUGUGCGUGUGCCCGUGGGGAGGGGGGGAUUUGAAGGGGUGCAGUUGAUGGGUGAUGUUUUGUAAAUCUCCAGUCACUUUGUUAAACUGACGGUUAAUGGAAUCUGCAACACAGAGCAGGUAAUGCAACCCCCCUCUCCCACCCCCCCACCGCCCCGCCGAGUGAAAUAAAAACAAACUUAGCUCAGUUUCCGGAGGUGGGACGGGGGGAGAGUGUCUGCCAGGUACUCUUGGUGUCAGGGAAGUGGAAGGAAGAAAACAUCUGUUGAUUGGGAGCAGUUAGCUAACCAUUUGGCAUUGAAUUUUUUAACAAACGGAAAUACCAAAAUAAAAUUGAAUUGCAAUUUAAAAAAAAUAUAUAAUCCAAAAGGCCUACAAAUGCAAUCGAUCUGUGUUUUUUUUAAGGGAGUCUCAUUGUUCUGCUCUGUAAUGGCCAAUGUUAUAAUUGAAAAUAUAUAUCAAAUAUCAGAUGUGUAUUUCUCUCCUCUAAACAAAACAUUGUAUCUGGAGAGAAUGCAUAUUUUAAAAAGCAUUUCUGUGCAGAGUAUGAUCUUAUUGUUGUGAAUCCCCAAUUCGUCCUUGAGAUUGCUAAUGUAUUCAAAUGGGCUGAUGAAAAUACUCGCAGCAAAGCAACCCAGAAAGUGAUGGACUCGUAGAAGCCUCUCUCUCCUGAGCACUUGAGGAGGUGGAUGCCUUAUUGAGCUGUCUUGCCUUUUUUAUACUGCAAAUUUGGUACUUGUGUAUAAUCUGAUUGAGAUGUGCGUUAUUCCAAGUGAAUUUGGCGAGUAAAAUAACGGUAACGUGACAAAGCCAGCCUAUGUGGGUGUGCCCAGUUCAGAUUUGUGUUUUUCGCAUUUGGCUUCAAACAUUCUGUAAGUUGAUGUGUUCACCCAAAAUGUUCUUUUAAAUCCUUUGCAAAGAC